GGCCGGGCCAUGCCCCCGGCCCGCCCCCGGCCCCGGGCGGGGCUGCCCCGUGCCCGGCCCCGGCCGUCCCGCCGCGGUCUCGCCUCCGCCCGGCUCUGGCCGUGCUGGCGGUGGCGCUGCUGGGCGGGCAUCAGUGCCUGGGGCGGGGGCGGCAUCGCCGCCCUUCGGCUCCGCCUGGCCCGAGCCCGGCCCCGGCCCCGGCCUCGGCCCCGGUCCCGGCCCCGGCUCCUCCCGGGGCCCGUGGAGGACACAGGCGGCGCGGCCGCUCCCGCCGCCUCCGCUGCGGCUUCCCCGGCCCGAGCUCCGCCGCUCGGCAGCGCGGCCGCCGGCCCCGAGCCUCCCGUGCCGCGUUCCCGGGAGCGAACGCCUGGGCAUGGCCGGCCCAGGGCGGGUGAGGGGCACUCGGGGGUCGUUGCUGGCCCCGGGCCAAGCGCUGACAGCCGCGUCCCGCCCGCAGGGACGGCGCAGGAGGCCCUGCUGGAGCGGUACCGGCUGGGAUCGCUGCUGGGGCGCGGCGGCUUCGGCAGAGUCUUCGCGGCCACGAGGAUCUCGGACGGCGCCCCGGUGGCCAUCAAAAGGGUGCCACGGAACCGCGUCCGGCACUGGGGCGAGCUGCCCGACGGCACCAGCGCACCCCUGGAGGUCGUGCUGCUGGCCAAGGUGUCCACUGGCUUCCCCGGUGUGGUCCAGCUGCUGGAGUGGCUCGAGCUCCCCAGCUGCAUCGUGAUGGUGCUGGAGCGGCCAGAGCAGUGUCAGGACCUGCAGCGUUUCAUUCGGGCACGGCGGUUCCUGCCCGAGGAGGAGGCGCGGGAGCUGUUCCGCCAGGUGCUGGAGGCCGUGUGGCACUGCACCAGCUGCGGGGUCCUGCACCGGGACAUCAAACCAGAGAACAUCCUGGUUGACCUGGACACCGGGCAGGCCAAACUCAUCGACUUUGGCUGUGGCGCCUACCUGCAGGACACAGUCUACACUCACUUUGCAGGAACACUGUCCUACAGCCCCCCGGAAUGGAACGACUUUGGCUGGUACCAUGGCGAGGCAGCAACGGUCUGGUCCCUGGGCAUCCUGCUGCACCAGAUGGUCUGCGGGGAGCACCCAUUCAAGAGGGGCCGGAACCUCAGCUGGGGCCAGCUCCCACUGCCACAACGGCUCUCUCAAGAGUGCAAAGACCUGAUCAGGUGGUGUUUAUCUGUGAACUCCUUGGACAGACCCGCACUGGAAGACCUGUUCUGUGAUCCUUGGAUGCAGGAUAUUCCUCUGCCAUAG